UGUACGACUGGCUCAGCUCGUAGCUUGUGCACAAUAAAGUCUUACCACCAACCGCAGCACAAUAGUGUAUGCAAACUAGGAAGGAAAGCUACGAUUGUGGGUCGUCGCGUGGCAUCCAGAUUAUGGCAAUCUGGUUCGUAUAGCCAAUAGCCAUCCAUUUUCCAUGAUGUUUGUUUAUUAGCCAACUCAAAACCCUCCAACUAAACUAAUAUUAUUCUCUAAUUUAUUAGAGUAAUUGAGCGGUAUGAUGUACCAAUUAACCUCAUGAUUUCACUUUUGAGAAGGCUAGCAAUAUCACUGCCUUCUACAGCACCACCACCACUCUUCAAACUCAUGGACUCCGCCAGUUCCUUUGGAGGCUCACAGAGACUCAUGGCCUUGGCCCACCAGCUCCGCUUCUACAAGCCCCCGCCCUCUCCACUUGACGACGAUUUCGACGACCUGGGCCUUGAAGAUUCGGGUGGGAAGGUUGUUUCCCAAGUGGGUUUUGUGGAAUCGGCUACCCCAGUUGCUCAAGACCCAGAAAGAUUCAGACCCAAGAAAGCCGCUGUUUUGGUAUGUCUCUUUGAAGGGGAUGCUGGGGAUCUGCGAGUCAUACUUACCAAGCGCUCUUCGAGGCUGAAUACUCACUCUGGUGAAAUUGCAUUGCCAGGUGGGAAAGCAGACGAGGGGGAUAAGGAUGAUGGAGAUACGGCAACAAGGGAGGCGAAAGAGGAAAUUGGUUUGGAUCCUUCGCUGGUGAAUAUCGUGACUGUUCUUGAACCUUUCUUGUCUAAGCACCUACUUAGAGUUGUUCCAGUCAUUGGCAUACUUACUGAUAAGAAAGCAUUCAAGCCUGCUCCAAAUCCUGCCGAAGUAGAAGCAGUAUUUGAUGCUCCGUUGGAAAUGUUCAUCAAGGAUGAAAACCGGAGAGCGGAGGAGAGAGAGUGGUUGGGGAACCAGUAUCUAAUUCAUUUCUUUGACUAUAAAUCUGAGAAUAAAAAGUACGUAAUAUGGGGUUUAACCGCUGGGAUCUUAAUUAGGGCUGCAUCAAUUGUAUACCAACGGCCACCACCUUUUCUAGAGCAGAAUCCUAUUUUCAAGGUUCCACGAGUCCUAGAGAAGGAUACUGUAUUGCCUUAAAUUCUUGGAAAUGUCGUUGGUUUUGUAAUCUAAAUAGUCAUCCUUUUUGAAAUGAUAUUUACCUCAAAGUACA